AGGGAUAGCUGGGCUGGCACCUCACCUGAGACCGCCGAGGCAAGGAGGUGGUUUCAGGGAGGCUGUGGUGGGAACCACGCCAUGGGGAAUAUUUCAAAGCAAACUCUGGAAAACACCACCCCAGGAGCAAUUCUGCAAGUAGAUGGGGAUGGCUGUGGUUUAAUGCAGCUCGCCCACCUUUGACUCGUGGGAAGAAAAGUCACAAUUCAGAGGCGUUGGGGCCAUCCCCACACAACAGGCAGCCAGAGAAAAUCCGCCGGCUGAGGUGAGCCCACCUGGUCUUGGCCAACAGCCCCAACUCCUGCAGAAAACACCCGGGAUCCCUUCCUGGGUGCCCCAAGGCAAAUCCCUCCCACUCUCCGUGCUGCUGGCAAGCACUUUAAGCCUCUACAGCAUGCACCAAAGAGUUAAGCGCUGCUUCGCCACAGCGAGCGUCCUGCGGUUGCUCACAGCACUUCAUGCCAUCCACCCCUUCGCCACUUUCUCACCCGCUCGCUGCCCCAGCCACUCUCCGCACGCCUCUGACUGCAGGCUAAGAGCACGCCACUCGCCAAACGCCUUUGUGGCUAAACGGCCGAGCUGCAGGUACGCACGGGAGUUUCACUACGACUCGGGCUUCUCGUAACGGCGAGGAUGUGGGCUCUGGGAUUUGGCCACGUCCAGUCCAACAGCACCUUCCUGCAUUUCACCAGGUUUCCUCCUUCAGCCCCAGAAGUUACCGACUGCAUUAAACACUGAGAUCAGCCCCCGGCCCCGGGUCAGAGCCCCGGAGCUCAGACCCACAUGGCACUGGGGCUUUUCCUCCUCUGUGGGUGCUGGAUGUGGCCAGCAUCAGCAGCACCAGGGGUCACUCCAGAAGCUGAUGGAGGUGAAGAUUCAUCUGGAGUGAAGGGAAACAACAAAAUGAAACCCCUCCAGACUGCGGCCACCAGACAAAAACACACCAGCAUGCCAUUUUCCUUCCCUCCCAUGCUGGUAAAGUGACUUUAAGCCACAUCACGGUAAGCGAAAGCACAUGGCUGCUGCUGCUGCACUGGAUGGGCCUUUGAAAGAAGGUGUUUCUCAACAUAUCCUUGUUUUGGCUGUGAUUAUUGCCUGGGACACCACUGGGAGGGAACGACGUGCCUGGAGACACCGCGUCCAGUGUGUAAUGUGACAUGGUGAUGCUGAAACUCGGGGCUGGAAGAAGCCCUGGGGUGAGGAUUGAGGCCAGCAAGGCUGGGGAGAGCACAUGCUGCUCUUGUCUUCCCCCUCAGCAUCCCCGUAGGACCAGGGCUUGCUUCUCUGAUGUGUAGGCACAGCUCCAUUUUAGGGGAUUUGGAAACUAUACCUAAGUGGCAAAGGAGAACCCCAUCUCUGCUGCAUCGUGCUUUCCCCACGGUACUCCUCAGCCUUCCCUCGGGACCUCCCAGCGGGCCAGGACUGCAGCAAGGCUGAAUGGUGAUGACUUGUUGGCUCGUGUGUCCAUCACUGGGAGAGCUGGCAGGUACUGACCCCCCUGCAAUCUGGAGGCUGCGGGCUAACCUGAGCUCAAGCAGUGACAAGAGCUGGAGAAACGAAGGCAGGGAUGUUCUCCUUUUCUGUUUGCCGUUGCUCCUGAGGGGAAGAUACUAGAAAAUUCCCAGCCAGGCAGCAUUUCUUCCGCAAGAAGGGGUUUGCUGUCACACUCAGAACAGGAUGAAGAUGAGACGCCAUAAGCUCUUUCUGACUCUCUGCAUGGCUGGUCUCUGCCUCAUCUCCUUCUUGCACUUCCUCAAGGCCCUUUCCUAUGUCACCUUCCCCCGGGAGCUGGCUUCGCUUAGUCCCAACCUCGUCUCCAGCUUCUUCUGGAACAAUGCCCCCGUCACACCUCAGGUCAGCCCUGAGCCAGGGGGUGCAGAGUUCCUCCGCACACCCCUGUACUCCCACUCCCCCUUGCUCCAGCCCCUGCCUCCCAGCAGAGCCAGCGAAGAGCUGCACAAAGUCGAGUUUGUGCUGCCGGAAGACACAACAGAAUAUUUUGUCCGUACCAAAGCCGGCGGCGUUUGCUUUAAACCAGGCACCAAGGUGUUGGAGAAGCCACCUGUGGGAGGGCGGCCAGAGGAACGAGCAGAUGGCGCAGCCUCGGGGCGGUCGGCUCGCAAGCCGCUGAGUGCCGGUGGGACAAAGCGGCGCAAGUGGGUGGAGUGCGUGUGCUUGCCGGGCUGGCACGGCCCCAGCUGCGGGGUCCCCACUGUGGUCCAGUACUCCAACCUGCCCACCAAGGACCGCCUCGUGCCACGGGAGAUCCCUCGGCGAGUCAUCAACGCUAUCAACGUCAACCAUGAGUUUGACCUGCUGGACGUCCGCUUCCACGAGCUGGGAGACGUGGUGGACGCCUUCGUGGUGUGCGAGUCGAACUUCACGGCCUAUGGAGAGCCACGGCCCCUCAAGUUCCGCGAGAUGCUCCUCAACGGCUCCUUCGACUACAUCCGCCACAAGGUGCUCUAUGUCUUCCUGGACCACUUCCCCCCCGGUGGCCGCCAGGAUGGCUGGAUUGCUGAUGAUUACCUGCGCACCUUUCUCACCCGGGAUGGCAUCUCUCGCCUCCGCAACCUGCGCCCAGACGACGUCUUCAUCAUCGACGAUGCCGAUGAGAUCCCGGCCCGCGAUGGCGUGCUCUUCCUCAAGCUCUAUGACGGCUGGACGGAGCCCUUCGCCUUUCACAUGCGCAAGUCGCUCUACGGAUUCUUCUGGAAGCAACCAGGCACCUUGGAGGUGGUCUCGGGCUGCACCAUGGGGAUGCUCCAGGCCGUCUAUGCUACUGACGGGAUCCGUCUGCGGCGCCGCGAGUACUACACCAUGCCUGGCUUUCGGCAGUAUGAGAACAGCACGGGACACAUCCUGGUGCAGUGGUCGCUGGGCAGCCCCCUCCACUUUGCUGGCUGGCACUGCUCCUGGUGUUUCACCCCAGAGGGGAUCUACUUCAAACUGGUGUCGGCCCAGAACGGGGAUUUUCCCCGCUGGGGUGACUACGAGGAUAAACGAGACCUCAAUUAUAUCCGGGAGCUGAUCCGGACUGGUGGCUGGUUCGAUGGUACUACACAGGAGUAUCCCCCCGCUGACCCCAAGGAGCAGAUGUACGCUCCCAAGUACCUGCUCAAGAACUACCAGCGGUUCCGCUACUUGUUGGAGAACCCCUACCGAAAAGUGGAGAGCGCUGGAGAAGUGAAAAACAUCAACAAAAAUAACUUGAUUGCCUAAUAAGACUGAGACUGGAACAGAAUGAAGAUGAACAUCUUUUUCUGAUCAAACUGAGAUGGAGUUCAUCUUAGCUCCUUCCACAUCUCAUGUGCCAUAAUGCCUGCUUAGAAGAACUGAAAGACCCUCUUAUUUUGGUUGGUUUUGUUUGUUUUUUAAAUCACUGUUCUCACUGCUGCUGUCUUCCCCACACGUAGAAAAGCCCCCUUGGGAACUGAGUGGAGGGAGAAGCUUUGCUAGGCAGACUUGAUGCAGCAGGAGGGAGUCUUGUGUAGAGAGAUUACAGAGAAAUGGGGACCCAGCUGAGAAAGGAGGACCCUGUGCUGAGGAAGAUGAGAGCAGUAGCACUGAGGCUGCAGCACAAGGGGAACAUGCUUUCCCCAGGGGCAGCCAGAGGAGAGCAGGUGUGUUAGCUCGUGGGAUUCAGUAGCAGAAAAGCAUGGAAGGAAGAAAUGAUUUCUCAUUUUCACUCUUGGAAGGGAGCCUGAGAUCUACUCUCAGUCCUUUGGCUUUGCGUUAUCUCAGUGACAACACCACAAGCCCAGUGCCAGGUCUUGCUGAAGACAGGAGAGAAAGACAAGUCAGUCUUUGCAUGGGUGCUUUGGCAGCACCGGAGCCCCGUGAAGAAGGGGCUAAAGUGCACGUGUGCUGGGGCUGCACCUCAUCUUCUACAGUGGGAGCAGCCUCUCCUCUGAUACCAGCCCUUCCCGUGCAUGGGCGUCCUUGGGGAUUUUUAGUGCACUGCAAGUCACGUUUUCAUCGCUGAGAUAUGGCCCUUGUCUCUUGGGAGUUUCAGAUGAUCCCACAGCUGCAGUAUCUGGAUCUCCUGUUCCUGAAGUACAGCCUGUUGCCUUCUCUCCCCUCUUCUCCGUUAUUUGCUCCAUCGUUCUCCACCUCUCCCUCUGAAUUGCCUUUCCCUUCUGCCCCCUUAGGCAGGAGGAGAAGGUCCUGCUGGAAUAGCAGCGCUGGGGCUUUUCUGCAGGACUCUGGCCCUGUCCUCCUGGACUUACUCAUUUCCUUAUUCUUCGGAAAUUAAAUUUAAAACAGACUUCUGUUGUGGUGGGAGGAAGGGGCUUUACAGAUGAAAUGCAUUCUUUUUUGUUUCUCAAGAAUCAUUUAAACAUUUUUUGAUUUAAGGCCAAACCAGUCACUGUUUGAAUCUAAUUUGUCUGGCUAACCCUGUGUUUAUUAUCCUUAGGGAGCUAGAGUUCUUGUCAUUAAAAAUCUUCCUUCUUGUCCCUGGAGGAGAUAGGGACUAGCAAGCUGACUUUUGCACAGUGAUUUCCCAAGGAGGUGGCUUGCCCUCUGUCCAGCCUUGCCUGUACUGCUGUGCCAGGACCUCCACAGCCAGCGCAGAGCGGGGACAGCCAAACCUCCCAGCCAACCUCCGCUAAGAGGGAACCCAAAAGCAUCUGGGUGCGGGGGGUGGUGAGAGAGGCAAAGGAGGAGGCAAGUGUGUAUGAGAUUCUCAUUUCCCAAUGCUGAACUCUUGAAGUGAGCUUUGAGGCUCUUUGAUCUUGUCUGAACCAGAGGUUUGGGGAGGACUAAAAAAACCUGUCCUGCCCCUGGGUUGGAACUGGGAUCAGACCACCAGAGCCUGAUGUCUGUUGGUUGUUGCAGCUGUGAGCAGCGAAGCCGUGUGCUUGCUGCCUCUCUGGGAGCGAAGCUGUCUGGUGGAGGGAGGGAAAGCAUUGCCAGCCUUUCUCUGCAGCCUUCUUCAGCUCUGUGCUUUUUCUUCCCCAAAACUUUCCACCUUCAAAUUAACAGGUGCAAAGGAGGGCCAGGUAGUAGGUGAAGCAGUGUGUGGCAUCCCCAAGCCUUGCUCUUCUCUUUCUGUAUGCCUGUGUCUGUUCUUGCCUUUCUUUGUGCUUCCCACCUAAAAAAGGGAUUGUGUGCCCAUGCAUGGCUUUGGACUGGGGAACUCAUCUUCCUCCUCCACCCCAAGUGAAGGGAAGGAUGUGGGCUUUGGUGGACCUGCAGCAAGUGAGCUUGCUAAAGCAGAGGGAACAGGGCAGGUCGGCCGUCUUUGCCCCUCCGGAGGACUGGGGGUAAUGCUGUACUCAAGUGAGGGACAGAAGAGAUGGGGUGCCUGUGUGGUUGGUAAGAAGGACAACACGCUCAAGUCCACUCUCGCUGUUGCUUUCUCUGAUCCCUGUGUCCUGCUGAGGUGUUUGCUGUCGUGGAGCUGAGGCCAGCCUGUUCUUCGUGUCUCUGUGGCAGGUAAACGAGGGGACCUUGUGGCCUCCAGAAAGCGUACAAAUUGGGAAGGAGGGACAGUGUCAGAGCAGAACGGGUAUUUGUUCCCCUCUGCCCCCUUGGUAUAUCCCUGUGGGAUGGUAGUGGCUUUUCCUUUCCCAAACCAUCCCCCAGGCUCUGUCCCUGUCUCCAAGCUCUUGCCAGGAAUGUCUGUGGCUGCUAUGCCUCUGCACUGUGAAGACACACGUCCGGGGUCACUCCUGGUCCAAUUAGUGAAAACUGGUGGUAAAGAGGGAAGGGAUGGCUCAUCCUGGCUUCACUGCCCUCAAACCUUGGCAAGAAAGGAGGGAAGUGAGUGGGAGAAUGGAUCCUGAAUCCCUUCAUUGUUGUGUUCUCCCUACCCCCCAAAAAAACCUCCCUUCUGUUUUCUGAGACAUUGGACAAACUCGCUCUUACUAUGGAAAGAGAGGAGGAGCUGGAGGUAAGGGGGGUGGCGGGAGGGGCUUGGAUCCAGCAUGAAGAAAGGAGAGCUGUUUCUAAUGCAAUACACUGACAUUUAAAGCUUUGAGGACUACAGAUAAUGGCUUAAGAAGGGAUCUGAAAUACUCUGAGACUAAGAAUUCAAACCACUGUUUUUUUCCUUCCUGUGCGGAUGAUGAUGCAGUAUCAUCCUGGAGGUGAUCCAGCAGCACUUAUGAGCCUGGGGUCCACCUGGACCUACUGGUGGUGUUGCCCCUGGGGUAGCCCCAGAACACCCUGCUUCGGCAAAAGAAUGCGUAGACUUGCCUAAAAUAAAAAGAAAAAAUAAAGAGUGUCUGCAAAGCUCCUUUCCACUCUGUAAUUUAUAAACAGCAAGUAAUAAUGAACUUUUGUAAGGUUAAAUCAAAUGUACAUUCUGAAAUCAUUUUCUCUGUAAAUGGUUGGAUUUCAUUUCACCCUUAAAGGGAUGCUUAAAAGGAGGAGAUAAUAAUAAAAAUAAAAAAAUUUACAAAGUAUGAAAGGAAA